UUAGACCAAAGACUAAAAUUUCAGAGUUGUUUGAUAAAGAUUUCUGGCACUUACAUAAAGACGGCAGCUUUCUCUGACUACACUUAACUAAAAGUUGUAUGCCGAAUUUAUUGUUGUAUUGUCGUUUCUGAUAAACCGAGGGGCAACAUUACGAGUUAAGGAUGUAUACGGCCGGACUCAACCCGUUUUACGCAUCGAAUUUUAGUCUUUGGUCUGCUUAUUGCGCGGGUGGUUUCGCUAUGGAUACAAUGAAGAAGCCCUCCUUUUGCAUUGCUGACAUUUUGCAGGUCGGUGAUGCUGAGAACAUCCCGGGAUCCUCGGCCCUCAUGACUCAUAUGGGACACCGUUCUCAGGUUCACGCCUCUGGAUCGCCAUUGCGUCCUUCACCGGUGGGGCCAGAGCAGUCGAUCUACGGUGGGAGAGUGAACCCCGGGUCUCCUUAUCACAGACACGGAAUACACUUAACUUCGGUAUCUAGAACGAGUCUCAGCUCCCAACAAGCUCCCCCACCUUCAAGCAAGGACCUCAAGUUCGGAAUCGAUCGGAUAUUGUCAACAGACUUCGACCCCAAAACAAAAGACAUAUCGUCUUUAAGAGAUCUCACGUCCAUUGUUAGCUCGAACCGUCAGUCAGGGAUCCAGCCAGCGAGCCAAUACUUCGCAUCCAUAGACCCGGGGAUGAGCGACGCGUCCUCCAUGAUGAGCUCACUAAACAGCGCCAGGCAAUCAGGGCAGCAUCAGUUUCAGGACACCUUUCCAGGUCCAUAUGCUGUCCUUACUAAAGACACGAUGCCACAGACGUACAAAAGGAAGAGGUCCUGGUCGCGGGCGGUCUUCUCCAAUCUGCAAAGAAAAGGGCUUGAGAAACGUUUCGAAAUACAGAAAUACGUCACCAAACCCGACAGAAAACAACUGGCUGCAAUGCUUGGCCUAACAGACGCACAGGUCAAAGUGUGGUUCCAAAACAGGCGCAUGAAGUGGAGGCAUUCGAAAGAAGCCCAGGCACAGAAAGACAAGGAGAAGGAGACGCCGGACAAGUCACUGACAGAGGCCGAGUCCAAGGAGCCGGAAGAGUCCGAGUGUGAGAGCGAAGCAAGCGAGUCCGAUUUCGAGGAUGGACAGGAGGACAAGAGUGACAUGGACAUUUCUGAGCACAACAAGACUAGUGUGAUCAUGACCGGGGCCAUCCCUGUGAGUACCGAGGAGGCGAACUCAGUCAGUGCCCUUACAGAAGCUGUGCCAUCAUCGCAAAUGUUAAUAUGAGUGCACAGUCAAACGUUAUUUUUUUAAAUGUAAAAUGUAUAAUUUAAUAUAAAUAUUAUUUUGAAAAAAUUGAUAUACAGAGCGCAGUUGUCGUAAAGUGGAGGGCCAGUAGGAUACUCUACAGCGUGUAUGGGAUAUUAUGACUCCCUCCAUCUUUCAGCUCGGUCAGUUAGUAUUAGGCGAUGUGCAUGACUUUUUACUCAACUGAAGGAAAUAUUCUGUUGUGAAUUUUAAUCUGAACCACUUAUUCCGUGUCCUGAAAUCCAAAAACAUGACACAAUGUUACAUGUAAUUUACUGUGGAAGCGUUGAUAAAUAUUGUUGUAUUAUAUGUUGGUCAAUAAUUAUUUGCACUGAAAAUAUUGUAAAUAAAAAGUUUCUUAAUUUUGA